GCCGUCGGUGGAGAGAGAGAAGAGGCUGCCGGCUCUCAGAUGCUGCUGCAGGAUAUUUAGCUCUCCAGAAAUACAGAAAAGUGGCUUAGUUUAGUUCAGGAUGCUUCCGUAAAAACCCACCGAGUGUCCUUAGAGGGGUUACAAUCAAACCUUCUGAUAUAAGCUUUGCUUCUUUCAUAUUCCUGGAGAGCUUUAUGCACCUCGUUUCCAAACAUGAUCGGGAGAGGACUGUUCGUUUUGACUCUACUGUCAAGCUGCGUUCUGUCAUUGCCAGUGACUCCAAGUCAGCUGGAGAAUGAGGACGUGAAGGUGAUGAAAUGCAUUGUGGAGGCGUUGGCAGAUGUCCUCUCGAGACCCCGCCCCGAACCUGUCAGUCAGGAGUGUUUGACCAUGCUGAAGACAGAUGACAGGCUUGUUUCCAUUCUACGACAUCAUAACUUUCUGAAGGAGCUGCAGGAGAUCGCUGUUCGAGGUGGUCAGGAGAGAGCUCUGUUGCAGAGAGAUGCUACAGCUGAACCAACCACACAGUCUCCUCAGACUGCGGAUGAUUUUGCUGAUCGAUCCAUGUUGGAGGCUUUAGGAGGCCCAGGUGAACGAUCCAUCCUGUCCCAGCAGAAGAGGGAUGGAAAUGGAGACAGAGAGGAAGGCAAGGAGGACAGCCGGGGAAAUGGAGAGUCACAGGAGGACAAUCACGUCGCUGGAGAGGUGAAAGAGAAGAGGGGAAAGAACGAGAGCCCAGGAAGUCACGCCUCCGAGUCUGAGGAUGAGUCCACUGAGGGCAAGGCCGAGAAGAGGGAGAAAGAAGAAGAAGAAGAAGAGAAGAGAGCAAAUUCAGAGGAGGAACACGUGAUUAAGCAGAAGAAAGGUGCUGGAUCUGGUGAAAAGGGAGAUGCUCCCAGUUUUAAAUCAAAAGAGAAGACCUUUGUUGAAGAAGAAUGGGACGAUGUCAAGAGAUUUGCACCAGAGAAGAAACAGGAAGAGGAUGAAAGAGAGACGAAGAAGGAGGGGAGCCUGAAGCGAUGGGUCAAGAGGGGCAAGGCUUUGGCGUUAAGGAAGAAAGCAGUCGGAAAGGAGCUCAACACAGAACAGGAGGUGCCACAUCACUCGCAAGAGCUCACGGAGGAAGAGGAGGAGAAGAAGAGAAACACCCAGGAGACUCCAGAGGAGAAGGAGCUGCAGAUGAUCGCUAGAAGGACACCUGAGGAGAGGAGCGGGCUGGAGGAGGAGGGGGGGAGCGGCAGCCGGAAGACAGAGCAGGAGCCAGAGAUUGAAAGCCUGGCAGCCAUCGAGUCAGAGCUGGAAAAUGUUGCCCAGAAACUCCAUGAGAUGCGGCGAGGCUGAGAGAGAGAUUGGCUUAAAAAAAGUUGACAUCGCAACCUCCUCUGCCCCCUCGUCCUCCUCCGCUUCAUCGGCUGCCUGUUUUACACAGAUAGAGCGUUUGAGUAUGUGACAAGAGUUUGUUAUCUUUCGCUAUUGUUCCAGAGGGUGCCCACUUGCUCCACACAGCUGCGGCCUCCUCUGUGUCCUCCUUUCCCUCGCAUAGAUUAGCAUACAGUAGAUGCACAUAGCAGUAAGACUUGCAUACUAAAAAACAAACAGAUGCACAAGUUCUGUGCGUUCUAACACAUAACAAAUAUUCAGAGCACACAGCAAAGCUCCUGUCAGUAGAUUGACAACAUGUUUCUCCCUUUUCUUUGACAAUCAGCUCUCUCUUUUUUUGCAUAUGUAUCUCGCCUGCUUCAAAAUUAUUUUAACACUGCAAUUGGAUUUGUGUUGAAGCAUAUGCAGGUUGAAACACACAGACAAGGUGAGGUUGUACAAUAGCGGCAUAUAUACAUGUGCAGAGCUCUUUUUGCGAUGCUUACCUAGGGGACAGAUAAGAAGAUGUAGAUGCUUACUUAUUACAGAUACAGAUGACUCUAAUCAUGCCAAGGCAAUAAGUGAACAUUUUUAGCAGAUGAUGAACUGCAAUUCAUUUAUGUAAGAAAACCAAUAAAUUGAAUAGUUUAACUUGAAA